CAACGCUGACAGCACGCCUGCGCAGUGCGUCUCCACUGGCUCGGUGCUGAAGUUGGGCGGAUGGAGGAAAAAGCACCGCUGAUGGAAAAGAAGCGGCGGCAUGCCAUUUUACUGUUAUGAAACAAAUGGAAACUCAAACACUUUUAAAUUAACCACAGUUUCAGAUUUUCUUCUAAAAUAAAAAAGGAUGUGAUGCCAGGAUCCCCUCCUGUAUAAUGGAUGGCCUGCCCAUUGACCAUUAAGUUCUGCUGAAAAUCAGGUGGAGACUACCACGCCCCUUUUCCUCAUCUGUCAUUGUUGCACCCAGUCAGGGAUGAUGGGAAAUGUACCCAGUGGAGACACCUCUGGUCUGCUGCUUUGUCUCUGUCCUUUGCAAGUCCAUUCCUUAGCACCAUGAUUUUCCUUCUUGACCCUUCCAGACAUACCUGCUAAUUUUUUGGUGAUGCAUCAGAUCAUCAACUGGUCCCAAGGUCCAUGGGAAACUUGGACUUGGGAAACUUCUUCCUUGAAGUCAGGGUCACAACAAUUCCAGUCAAGAUGACUUGGGAUGUGCACAAAUUUUCCACUUGGGUCCAACCGCAAGGGAAAUACGGAGGUAGAUACUUUUACUCAGAACAGCUGUCGAUGGGAAAUAAACCAGCUUGAUUUAGUUUGUGGAAGGCAGCAGGCCAACUCAGGCAGGUCUCCAGCAAGGUGCGAGUUGAGAGUUGCUGUGAAGUCUGGAAAUGUCCUUAAGGAGAUGCGUCUGGUUGGUAAGACAAUGCCUUAUCUCGGAGCGAAGUAGUCAAGUUUUUGAUGAGUUUUUUUGCUCACAAAGUCACUGAAGUGAUGGAAUCCCACGUGUGAUCACUAACGUGAUUGGUGUAUUAUUUUGGUGCAAAAACAUUUGAUUGGCUUGUAGUAUUGGAGCGGUCAAUAAAACCUGGACAGAUAAACCAUUGAUUACUGCUUUAAUGCUUAAGCAAGAAUGUUAAAUCAGACUCCCCAUUUCCUCAUAAAUUGGGUGUUCCUGCCCCAAGCUGCAGCUUUAAUUGAUCAAGCGGUGAGUUUAUUGCAGGGUCACAAGAGGAAGGGAACAGGCACUUAAUUAUGCCUUGGUUGACCAGAAAAAGUUAAUGGAGAAUGUGACUCAGCAGAGGGUCAGUCCUGUGGUCAAGGAGCCAGAGGCCCCAAACAUUCCUGUAUAUAGUAAUAUUUUUACACAUGCAUGGGGUUCUGAUGCACUGUGCUAUUAUAUAUAUAUAUAUAUAUAUAUAUAUAUAUAUACACAUACAGUAUAUAACAAUAUUUAACUCAAUGUGUAUAUCAGGGCUCAAUAUUAUCGGGUAAGCACUAGAUAUUAUAUAAAAAUGGAAAUACACCAGCCAAAUGGAAGAAGUUGUCCUAUUUUAUGACUCACAACAUUAAUAAACAUAAUGCUGUUCAUUUCUGUCAUCUUGUCAGCCUAAAGUUACAAUAGCAGAGCUGUUUGUCUUCCACCUAUUACAUCACACAUUACAGUAAUUUUCUGGUGUGACUUUAGCUGUUUCUGUCAGGAGUGAUCAAUUUGUUAAAUUUGUAGCCAUGCUAACAACAAUUUCAGCUUCAUUUAAUGAGAAACCUCUAGACUAGAAAUAUCUUUGGGAAUGUCAUUAUGUGGGGCUUACCCUUCAAAUUUUUCCCAACUUGCCUGAUUGGGCAAGUAGACUGAAGGUUUCUACAGUCCCACAUCGAUUGUUUGUUUUAAAAGCAUCUAGAAAUAAAUAAAUACAUAGCCAUGUGUACAGUAGCACUGUGUAUGCCUAUAAAUUCAUUAAAAAAUUUUACUUAGACACAUUAUUACCGCUUGCAUUUCCUCGUUUGUGUGUGUGUGUCUUCUCAUGGAUUAUUACCGCUUGCAUUUCCUCGUUUGUGUGUGUGUGUCUUCUCUGUGGCUUGUCACCUUGUCGUAGUGGAGAAGCUUGAGUGGUCCUGAGAUCCAGAGAGCGAUGCCGUCUGGAGCUAUGCUCCUGGUAGGGUCACCCAUGGCAGUAAGGUCGAGGUGGGAGGUCCCUGACAAAGAGCAAUCCAACCAAGACCUCAACGGUGGAACAGGUGGAGGAUGAUGGCUUACUUUAGGGGAGCAUCACAAAGGCUGGGAAGGCGGAUGAAGGCUGCAGCAGAAAAGGGCCCCCAGUCAUCUUGGACUCCAUACCACUGGAUCCUGACCCAGAUCUGUCAAGGACCGUGUGGUGGCUGUCCGUGCACCAGUCUCCCCACAUUAAACAAAGUCACGCACAGGCGUCCUCCAUAAAGGGAAUCCACCCUAACAUCCCGGAUUAGGUCCUAUGGCAACCAGCAAGUGGCGACGGGGGCAGGAUUGUGAGAUCUGGAAGCCCCUAGUCAUGAGCCGGCACAUUAGGCGGUGGGUGCUAGAUUCAGUCGCUAGGCUCUUGGAACGAGGCAGAAAGAGCCCUUUGGCAGCUGCACCCACAACUGAGCAGCCCUCUUUAGGAUCCACUCUGCUUACCCCACCUGGGGAAGGGGCUAGUAAAGGUGCCCUAAAAAUAGCCUGCCUCAAAACUCCCGACUGGAUUACCGCUUCCAGAGGGACCACCACAUGCGGUCGAAAACACAGAAUUAUGAACUUUGGAGCCUGGCAUGUGCGCACGCUGAUGGAUAGUGCAACCAGUAACAAACCGGAGAGGAGAACCGCAAUCAUUGCUAGAGAACUGAGAAGAUGCCGGAUUGACCUAGCUGCCCUUUCUGUAACCCGACCAGCAGACGAAGGACAACUGAAGGAGGAGAAGGGUGGCUGCACUUUCUUCUGGAAAGGAAAAACUGCUGAUGAGCCCAGGAUCCAUGGUGUUGGAUUUGCCACCAGGAACCAGCUCAUCAGUCACCUCUCUGAACUUCCUGUGGGGAUCAGUGAACCAGAGAUCAGGGGACCAGAGAUUGUCUGGUGCUUGCUAACAACCAGAUGGCAACAGUUCUGAGUGCCUAUGCCCCUACUUUAGACUCUGAAGAGGAAAUAAGAGACCUUCUAUGCCUGCUUAAUUGCGACAUUGCCAAGAAUCCCCAGGGAGGAUAAGAUUAUUCUCCUAGGAGACUUCAACGCCCGGGUUGGCUGGGACCAACACCUCUGGAAGGGCACUAUAGGAAAGGAAGGCAUCGGGAACAUCAACAACAAUGGAGUUCUGCUUCUCAGCAAAUGUGCUCAGUACAACCUCAUCAUCACUAACACACUUUUUCGCCAGAAAAACAAACUUAAGGAAUCUUGGAGACACCCCCGCUCCAAACACUGACAUCUCAUUGACUAUGUCAUUGUACGAGCCAGGGACCACCGUGACGUGAACAUCACAAGGGCCAUGAUCGAUGCAGAUGACUGCUGGACAGAUCAUCGCCUCAUUCACUCUACGAUGUCCAUCAAACUCAAGAGGAAGAGGAGAGUUCAAAAGAAGCAGAUUCGGCCAAGACUGAACCUUGAAAGUCUGGAUGAAACUGCCAUCCAGCAGGCCUCUCUUGCGGAAAGCCUCCAACAUGAAUACCCUGAUGACAUCGGAGCGCACUGGAGCCUGCUCAAAUCCACCACCCUUGAUACCUGUGAAACCACCCUUGGGUACAUGUCCAGAAAACACCAGGAUUGGUUUGAUGAGAACGACACAGAGAUAGAACAGCUCAUCUCCAAGAAAAGGAAAGCCUUUCGGGCCUGGAAAAAUGAUGUAACCUGCAAUGCCAAAAGAGUGGCUUACUCCAAAGCCAAGGUGGACAUCCAGUGCCAGGUAAGGGAACGUAAGAACUCUUGGUGGACAGAAAAGGCUCUGGAAAUCCAGACAUUGGCGGACUCGGGUAACACCAGAAGCUUUUUCAGCGCUACUAAGGCCGUCUAUGGUCCAAGCUACCGCGGCUUAAACCCCCUGCGCUCAAAGGACAAGCAGGAGCUGCUGAAGGACAACGAGUCCAUUAACGCCCGAUGGAAGGAGCACUGCCAGGAACUCCUCAACUGUGACAGCACAACUGAACCAGACAUUACCGGCAGCCACAUCCCCCAGAGUCACAUCAGAGAAGACAUGGGGGAACCUCCUACCAUGACAGAGGUGCAAGUUGUUAUCAGGAGCCUUAAGAACAACAAGGCCGCCGGUCCAGAUGGGAUCCCAGCUGAGAUCUUGAAGGAAGGUGGACCAGAGCUCCUGUACCACAUCCACACCCUACUCCUCAAGGUCUGGGAAAAAGAAGAACUUCCCUCAGAGCUCAGAGAUGUUCUGAUAGUGACCAUAUUCAACAAAGGGGACAAGGCUGAAUGUGGAAACUACAGGGGCAUAUCGCUCCUGUCAACAACAGGCAAAAUCCUUGCUCAUGUCCUCGCAAACUGACUGCUACCACUGUCUGAGGAAGUACUCCCAGAUUUCACAGUGUGGCUUCCGUCCAUCCAGAGGUACAGCAGACAUGAUAUUCACAGCACGCCAACUCCAGGAAAAAUGCCGUGAACAAAGGCAGCCUUUAUACAUGGCCUUCAUAGACCUGACAAAAGUGUUUGACACGUAGACCGCCAGGCUCUGUGGAGCAUACUAUCAAGGCACGGCUGCCAUGAUAAGUACAUCAGAAUAUUGAGGCUUCUACAUGAUGGCAUGUCAGUCACAGUGCUCAGCAACAGCGGCUCUGAGUCCGAGCCCUUCACUGUGGAAGUGCGGGUCAAACAGGGAUGCAUCAUCGCACCCACGCUGUUUGCCAUCUUUUCUGUCUGCCAUACUCUGCCUCAUUAGCGAAGAGCUGCCACAGGGUAUCCCAAUCCUGUAUAGAACUGAUGGCAGGCUCUUCAACCUUAAUAGCUUCAAGGCUAAGAGCAAAACAAGCAGUGCCACCAUCAUGGAGCUUCAGUACGCGGACGACAACGCCACUGCAGCACACUCUGCAGAAGACCUCCAGGUCAUCCUGAAUGCCUUUGCCAAGGCAUACAGAGCCCUGGGCCUAGCCUUAAACAUCAAGAAGACCCAGGUCCUACAUCAACCUCCACCCAACCAGCCAUCUACCCAGCCCACCAUGAAGGUGGACAAAACCACUCUUGAAAAUGUUGGUCACUUCCCCUACCUUGGCAGCCUUCUUUCCUCAAAAGCUGAUAUCGACUCUGAGGUCAACCAUCGCCUGAGUUGUGCCAGUGGAGCUUACACCAGACUCAGGAAAACAGUCUUUGAAGACUGAGACCUAAAGGCUCAAACAAAACUCCGGGUUUACAGAGCCGUUGUCCUCCCCACCCUGCUGUAUGGAGCCGAGUCAUGGACCGCCUACAGCAGGCACCUGAGAGCCCUGGAACAACACCACCAAAGAUCCUUACGAAAGAUUCUGAGGAUCAGCUGGGAGGACAGAUGCACCAACAUCAGCGUACUGGAGGAAGCCAACAUGACCAGCAUCACCACCACAAUAAUGCAGCACCAACUCCAAUGGACAGGCUGUGUCAUCCGCGUGUCCAACACACGUCUCCCCAAACAGAUCCUGUACUCCCAGCUGAAGGAAGGUCAGCGAGCCCCCGGCGGGCAAUAGAAAUGUUUCAAGGACAAUAUCAAGACCAGUCUGAAGAAAUUCCAUAUCACAACGAGCAACUGGGAGCACGUUGCACUGGACAGGCGCUCCUGGAAGAAAUCCAUGCAGGAAGGAGCUGCACGCCAUGAAAUGGAACUCUGCCGUGCUGCAGAGACAAAGCGACAGCACUGCAAGGAGAGAGAGAGUAAGGCUAAACCACAACUUUUCCCUGCCCACACUGCACCAAAGUAUGUGGAUCGCGGAUCGGCCUCCACAGCCAUCUGAAGACCCACAAGUAGACGACCCAAUGGAGAGGUCAUACUCGCCUCGAGUGACUGCUGAUGAUGAUGGGUGUUGUGUGUGUCUGUGUUACUCAGAAAUGUGACUGAAUGAUUUUGAGAGGUUUACAUCCUCUUUGCCCUGUGCCCUGUGUGUCAUCAAACUUCUGAAUAGCAGGCCCCUCUAAGUACAUAUACAUUCAUUAAGUAAGAAUGGCGAAGUAGCUAGUCUACUGACAAUCUGUUUUGAUUCUUUUCAUUGAACUGAAAGCUUGUUCUUUGGCUGCAGUGGACAUAUGAAGGACCGACACAGCCUCAAUGACCAUCAGUUCUUGUACUGCUCUCUGCGAUCAGGAUCCACCAAGAAUCAGUUGAUGCCUUUCUUUGCUGCAACUGUGGUAGGAAUUUAAUCAGCACUUUUUCAGAUGGCCAUUCCAUAAUUCUGGCUCUCUCUUCCUACCACCAACUUCUAAGACAGUACAAUGAUCAGUCACACACUUAACCCCUUUGCGCAAGAACCCUAGUGGCCAGCAUCCUGAGAUUGCUCAACUCAGACAUUCGAUGAUCUUGCAACCAAACUGUGAAUGGAAACCACAAACUGUGUUCAAGCUCUAUUAGUAGAAGAUACAUGACAAUUACACCAACUACAUGGUUUCUAAGUGCCACUAUUAUCAUGUCCAUUUAACAAGCAUACUAAACUGUAUAAGAACUAGAAGGGAAAAAUGGUCAUGUGGUUCAAUUCAAAUCUGUUCAGUUCGAUACUUCCGCGAGGCAUCACUGCAAGAUGGUGCCACGGCCCGGAAAUAGGAUUAUAUGAUGAAGCUGCCAUGUAUUUCCUAUGAGAGUUGUAGCAAUUCAACGAACUUGCUCCGGUGCGAAUUAGACUCCAUAACCUCACAUUGAGGUAGUCAAUAGAAGCAGGCAAUAACAUUAUACAUUUUUCCUGGAGCGGAAACUUUUUUUGGCUGAACAGAACAGAGAAAUGACUAAAUAUCAUUAUUCCGAUUGCGUUGACUAUUCCAAUUAGCUAGCUUUGUUAGUCAAUGCAAUGUUGUAUUGUUAAAUUAGCGGUUUAUUAUAAAUAAAUGCUAGCUGCAAAUUCCUCGGCAGCCAUUACACUGUGCAAAAGAGACAAGCUGAUCACGUUCACGUGUCAUGUCACGUUGGCCAAUCUAUGGAAUUUACUAUGGGCCGUGAUAAAAGCGCUGUUUUAAGAAGGAAGUUUCCCUUCUAGUUCUUAUGUAGUUCAUUGAUCGCCUCCCUGCAGACUCAUCUGCAACUAUACCCCCAAGCAUUACAAACUGGACAUUACAUUACAUUUAUUUGGCAGACACUUUUAUCCAAAGCGACGUACAUGUGCAUAGCUAAGGCUAUUGGAACAACUAUAAAACACAGGUCCGAUAAGGUACAAGACUCAUUUUUUACAGUUAUUCAUAGCCAUGAACACAUUACGCUAAUAUCUCUCACGUCAUUACUGGUAAGUUUUAAAUGAUCUAGUUAACCAGCUAGCUAACUAUAUAAAUAAAUAAGACUUAACAGCUGCAGCCAUGUGUAUGUUCUUUAAACAACAUCCCUGUAAGUUAGCUAACUAGUGUUGGGAAUCUUCUCCCAUGUGGAACCAAGUUGAGAAGGGUGAAGUAACACACUGAGGACCACUUUCUAAUGAAAAGAUUUGAAUACGAUGCACAAAGGGAGACUCGCCACAGUGCCACAACAAGCGUUCCGUAGGAAUCGCAACGAGACAGUCACAAGUGAGGGUUUAAGUAUACUGUUGAGAGGUGUGGUUGUUGCCAUGCGUAAACGUUCCCAGGAAGGAAUACACAUUCCAACAGACUUCCCGGAGUCACCCAAACAGCCUGCUGCCGGUGACACCCCUUUGAUCUGUGGCUAUUGUAUAUCCUUACAAACAGUGAUUGCCAUUUGCCUCUAACAAUGGGAAGCAGUUACAGAGUGUGAGGUUGGGAAGUCACAGAGUGUGAGUGUGUGUGAGUGUGGAAAUGUGUGUUCAAAUGAGGUUAAGACCCUGGGAGGAACUGAAUUGUAUCAUUCCCCCAUUUUGUAUUGGUGGUGGGGUAGCAUCCCAACCACCACUAAUUAAACUUUGAUCCUUACACCAUUUGCUAGGGAAUUGGUCAGAUUACAGUCAGUUAGAUCAUAAUGCACUUUGUUACUUAAAUUACACAAUUUACAAUACAUAGAACAACUAAAACAAAGGUAAUAAUGCUGAGUCCCCAGUUACCCUGGGAUAUUACCACGCAAAGCCACCCUGAAGGGACACUAAUUACUACCUUUUAGCCAUUGAGUCACAGUUAUUGCCUUUUAGCUGCAGUGUGAUAUUAGGGUUCAACACCCAGCUAUCAAGUGCUGGAACAGAGGUGUUAGUGGUGACAUCAGGAGUGACUAGAAUAGAGCUGAUAGUGGUAGGAGUGUCAGUUGGAUUAGUGCAGUAGGAGGUGUUAGGCAUUGCACAAAGCUUUUUGGCCACAGUACAAAUGUCCAAACCCGACCCACACCAAGUGGUAGCAUUGGUUCUCACUGCUAUUGCUCCAGGCGAUUCCGGCAAUCACACAUGACCAUUGCAUGGGAAAGUGAGCGGGUGUAUAGGCUGUGCCUUCAGUAUAGGUUUCUGCCCUCCUCGAAUUGGCACCCCAUCCCAAAUGGUCUCACCCUCGUGCAGACACCGACUACUGACAGGGACCCCUCCCCGGCCGUUACCCAGGGAGCCGGCACUGCUGACCACCCUCAACCUGGUACAUGUGACGCGAGCAGGUCACCUCGUCAAAGCUGCCACCUCCAUGCGGAAUGCCAUGCCAGUUCUAUACUAUUUUCAAGCAAAUGCUGGAGAAAAACAGUGAUUACCUCCCUAGUAUCAUGCAUCGCAAAAGUAAUAAUGAGAGUAGUUUGGUUAGAAAGUAGUCCUCCUUUUGUCACCAAUAUUGUGCCUGUUGCUAACAAGUAUCAGCCCAAUCUCAAUUAUUGAUUUUAUAACCAAAAAAUGGCAUUCGCUGUGGACCCAGUGGCUCCCUCCCAUCAAUGAAUGUAAUAUCCCUGUUUCCUAAUUGUAACUAAUAUAUAUAUAUAAUUUUGUUACAAAAAUAGCCUAACCUGAGCAGUUUUACACAUGAUUAACGAUUAUGGGAGAGUGUAUGAUUGAUACAGCUACUAGGGCAGGCAGAGGUUCUCUUUCAGAUAACAAUAAAAAUUUAGGUCCACUAUUCAAUUUAGGGCAUGUGCCAGGCUUCUCUGGAGGGCUGCAUGUGCCUCAUCAUUUAGCUGAAGGGCAUAUCCGUAUAUGGCCUUCCGAGUGGGACAACCAUCUUCCUCCAGUCCUGCAGCAGUUUUAUCCUAAAUAAUGUGAAACUUUUCCAAUACUUUAAUUGCCUCCUCUCACCCUAUUCCUGUAUCAACCCACACUCUCAGACUAUAUACAACAUUAUAAUACAAUGACAAAAAUGUUCAACAUUACAACAUAAUGACAAAAAUAAUAGCUGUGAGGCCAUCCCAGGUCCAACUGCAGCCUGCAGGGUUGGUGCACAUCCCUGUACUGUGGAAAUGGGUGUCUAAAUGGAGACACGCAGAGAGAGAUAGCCCCCAGGGGCUAGAAGUAUAGAUGGGGAUUAUUGUGCCCCAUGUUGGGUCUCACCCUUGUAUUUUCUUUAUUAUUUUAUGCGGAACCAUACCGCAGUUGGUAGCAGCUGAUGGAAUCGUGAGCAUGUGUGGUCCGGACCAAAUUUGGAUAAAAUGUCUCCUGAUAUGUUUUCAGCAGGAUCUGGUCUAGAUUCAACCGGCCAUGUUUCCUCUAUGUCCUCAGCCAGGUCAGGUCCAGUUUUGCAAUCCUGUGAAAACACACUUAGGACAAAAGUCUGCAAUAUUCAACAAAAUGGUCAGCCAUACAUGUUAUUCACUGUUACCCAUACACAAAUCACCGAGUCCUCAUGGUUCGACCUGUAAGAAUUUCAAAGGUGAAAGUAAAUGUUAAUUACUCGGUCCUGCUUUCACGGAGAGGAGCACCGCUGGUGGCUGCGUCACCCAGUCUGAUCCUAAAAUGAAGAACAAUUUCUUAGUUUUUUUCACCACUCCCCCAUUUUGUAUUGGGGGCUCCUGCGCUAGUCAGGAGUCUCCUAUUCACUCACAAGCUCAAAUGUCAGAAGUCAUUUUAAAGUCCUUAUGCUUACAUCCUCAAUUCUCCAUAUACGAGUACUUUUAAACACGUUUCUCCCCCUUCCCUACUUGCAAUUUCCCUGUAAAUCUCACUGGCUUUCCAGUGCCUAGCUUCCUCCCGUGUUUGAGCAAGAUCCUCAGCGUCUCCCACAGUACUGCAGUAAAGGCAGUAUACUACCUUGCAUCAAAACCCUUCUCUUCUGUUCAAUACUUCCGUCUUUUACUUCCAUCUUUCGCACAUAUUCAAACCCUUGAAUGCGACAUACUAUUUCCUCCAUCUCUGGCGUCUCACACAGCCUCAGUUGCCCUCGGUAACCCCACAGAUCACCCCACAGGUACAUUUGCGGUAUAACUAAAUAAUUGGAAACCUGCAGUGUAUAUUUUAUUAUGCCAUUUGAUUAAACGUGCAGCGCAUGCCAAUAGGUCACUGCAGUCUCUCAGAGCAUAGCCAAUUUCUCCAGCUUUGUUUCUGCCACAUCACUAUUGUGCUUUCGUAGCACAACACAACACACAUAGCUGCUUCUUUCUUUUUUUCCCUGCAAUUAUUGCAGCUGCUCCACCACUUACUCAUAGCCUGAGCUAAGGUUAAAUCAGUUUGUGCUUACAAAGGGAAAGGCGGAUUAGCCUUAAUUACACCACUAUAUCUAGGUACAAUCGCUUCCAUAGCAGCUUUUCUAAUCUCUUUGCUUAACAUCUGUAGAUUAUCCAUUAUGAACAACAUGCAGCUAUUACAAAGGUAUAAAAUACUCGUCUGUAGCUACAUCUAGCACUCUAUCAUAUUAAAGGGAAAAAAUAGGAGACAUUCCUAUGUGUGUUACUAUUUUAUCAUUAAUUCUUUUUAACCUUACUCCAUUCUUUCAGGCUUAUAUAGUGUCCGCAGUCCUUAGGCUAUUAGACCGUAACCUCAAUCAGUUUAUGAUACUAUUUACGAUAAUUCUCUUAUGUUCUGUAUAUGAUAUAUCGUGCACACAGUAUAUAACAACUAAAUCACAUAGGCCUAACACAACAAUACGUUAUUCUGCAGACAUUCAAGCACUUCACCGCACGCACAUAACAUUUCCAAACACAAGACACAAAUUGAGCUCAGCCCAUAGCAAACAGGCCUAGAGCAACAAUACCACAUUUUCUGCAGACAUUCACGCACUUCAACUAACGCACAUAAAGUUUGCAGACACAAGACACAAAUUGAGCUCAGAACAAGCAAACCGAGCACUUUCUCACGAAUUCACUCACAUUGGCGAACAAUCAAGGUUCUCUUAUUGCACACACUUUGGCACACAGCCCAGUUUUUCACAACUCACAGACUAGUUACUAAAACAAUCUUCCUUUUCACAAAACAUGCCCGAAACGUACGUUCAACAACUAUGUGGCGCAAAACAUGAAGCCUAAUGUUAUCUUCUUUGUGGAGUUUGAAAGCAGAGGGAAGAUAGCCAAGAUUCUUGCUUACUCAUUUUACCAAACUAACGUCACUUUUAAGUAGUUAAAUUACGUUAUACACUCACAUUCUUGGUUAUGCAAACAUGACAAGUAUACAGUAAAAUGUCCAAUGUUAAUUCAACAAUAACAGUGUUAAUUCAAUUCUAACAGAUAACAUUUGGUCCUCAUUGGGAAUUAACACUGGACAUUAUACUGUGUACCUUACACCUUUCCAACUUGUCAAUCACUAUACUGCUGUAAAAUCACAAAAAACUGGAAACAGUCAAGCUAUCUUCAUUUUUGCAUAGGUUAUAUUAAUAUGGAUGUUGUCAUUUACUGAGUAAAUGUGAAAAGCAGUAUACUUCUGACACAAAACAACACCAUAAGUAUGUUUUGAUAUGAUCUGCAGACAGUUGCAUUAACUGUGUUUUCUUAUUAAAAGUAAUGUUAAAACUGUUGAUAUUAUUGUCCUGGUUUGUUGCACCGUAUUUUUUAUUGAGGGUUCUCUCAAAUGUAGCUUAUUUAAAGUUGUCGGUCUGUUGACGUUAUGUCAAUGGUCCAAUCUGUUGUUGAAGGUGCACAGCAAUAUUAAACAAUAAAGUGUGUCAUGUCAUAGCUGUUACUAUAUUGUGUAUUACAGCGUGGACUGCUGUAUUGACGAAUCACCAUGAAAUACCAGACCUAUCAGUUUUGUACGUUUUUUAAAGGUAUCAACAGUAGCCAGCUGUAAUGGAGGGGGGGUGUCGGAGAACCAGAAGCGACUAAUACAGGGGAACGAAAAGCUAACGCUACAGGAAGCGUUAACCACAAAGUCCCGAAGGACAAAGGAAAGGGAACACCAGAAACUAAAACACAAAAUAAGAUCCUUAGGAGAGCAACUCCCGCACACACAGGAUCAUAAACCAAAAGAAAACGCGGAGUAAAAAACGACUCUGAAGGACAACCUUGUCCAGCCGUAAAACUGGCUCGAGAAACCAAAAACUACCUGUGAAAACCAGGGCAAAAAAGAAAGGGACCAGUGGUACAGAGGCGAAGCUCUGGUACCAAACCCAAAACUGGU